GAGGGUGGCCGAGAAGGCCGUUAGUCGAUCACCGGACGUUCCUCGAGCUACUGCGAGGAGAGCUCGUCUCGUGUUCGAACGACAGAGCCAAGUAUCCAAAAUGCGCAUUUUACUUUUGUGACAGAAAUAAUACGAGAACGGAAAAGGCGAACGAGAGUAGACGUCGGGUUGUCAUAAGAACGGAAGUAAACGAACGAGAAAAAAAUGAUUCGAAGCACGGAGUUAUAAUGCACAAAUGAAUAGUGAUUCUCGGUGAUUUUAAUUAGUGAAAUGGUUGACAAGCUCCACGAAUACGAAGGCUUGACGGGCCGCGUUCAUGGCGUUCGUGAAAAAGUACGCGAAAAAUGGGAUGGCUUCAAAGAAUGGAAAAGCGAAAUUCCGACUGAUCGUGGGGUCGCCGGUAUCGUUAGCCAUCUCAGAGGACCACCAAAGUUGGAACGAACUUUGGACGACUAUUCUCACGUGUACAGGCAAAAGACACGAGGCGAAUUGGUCCGCGUGUCCGCAGCCGUGAUGGGAAUUGAAUUUUCGUACGCAGCUGAGACCGCAUUUGUGUCACCAACCUUGUUGAAAAUUGGCGUCGAUCAUCAGCACAUGACCUUGGUAUGGGCCCUCAGUCCUCUUGUCGGAUUUUUUAUUACCCCUUUAUUGGGUGGUAUGAGCGAUCGUUGCAGGUCGAAAUAUGGCAGAAGAAGACCGUUCAUCAUCCUACUUGCGAUUGGUGUAUUUAUUGGACUCUUGCUAGUUCCAAAUGGUGAGGGUAUGGGUUACGCUUUCGGUGAUCCUUUGCCAAUAUCAAAUCGGAGUUUUGCGCCUAGUGGACAUCGAACGACAGCCAGUCAGACAAAUCAUACUCUCGUCGCGUCGUCAGCACCAACUUCUCACUCCUGGGGAAUAUUUUUUACGAUCCUUGGGACUGUGCUCCUGGAUUUUGACGCUGAUGCUUGUCAAAGUCCUGCGAGAGCUUAUCUCCUAGAUGUCACAAUACCAGAGGAUCAUGCGAGAGGUCUGAGCACCUUCACUAUAAUGGCAGGACUAGGAGGUUUUAUGGGAUACGGAUUAGGUGGGAUAAAUUGGGAUGCCACCAGCAUCGGGGUCGCACUCGGUGGUCAUCUUCACGCCACUUUUACUCUCAUCACCAUCAUUUUCAUUAUCUGCGUUUCUUAUACGAUAACGAGCUUCAAAGAAAUACCGCUUUACUUGUUGGAGAGGGACGAGUACGAAAACAUCCAGGAAGGCAAGAAAAUGCCACUAGAGCGACCCAGAGGUAGCGACGAGUACGACAAGAUAGCAAACUGUGCUGACGAGUGCAGCUCUUACGGCUCGGUCGGUGGUGAAACAGAGGGCAAUACCGACAAGGCUGAGGAGUUUGCUUUGAAGCCAAUUCCUGUGGAGGAACCGAACAAGAGACAGGGAACCGUACCGAUGAUACCGAACGUCGGGUCGAAUUUACCGGACGCCGAUAACGGCUAUUUGCCGGCUGGUGAUAAUUUGAAUGGUGCCGAUCCACGUGCAACUUUGUCUGAAUAUCUCAUGUCGAUAGUUUACAUGCCUCACAGUAUGAAAAUGGUGUGCCUCACCAAUCUUUUCUGUUGGAUGGCGCAUGUGUGCUAUUCUCUGUAUUUUACGGAUUUUGUUGGCGAAGCUGUCUACGGUGGGGAUCCCAAAGCUCCAGAAGGAUCGUUAAAACGAGAGUUAUAUGAAUCUGGAGUCCGUUUUGGAUGUUGGGGAAUGGCAAUGUAUUCGUUAUCAUGUGCCUGCUAUUCUCUCGUUAUCGAGAAACUGAUAGAGCGAUACAAAGCUCGAAAGGUGUACAUCUGUGGACUGUUAUUCUACAGUACGGGCAUGAUGAUGAUGGCACUUACCAAACAUCCCGUUGGUGUUAUAAUAUUCUCCUGGACCGCAGGUGUCAUGUAUUCAACUCUGUUUACAAUGCCAUAUUUACUGAUCGCUCAUUACCACGCUUCGUCAACGUUUGCUGUAACAGCGGAAGGCGAAGCUAUCCAAAGCGGAGAUCUUCGAGGAUUGGGGACGGACGUCGCUAUUGUAUCUUCAAUGGUGUUCCUGGCACAGUUUUUGCUUUCUUGCUGUUUGGGUACAAUCGUCAGUUUAUCCGGAACGACAACCGCGGUCGUUUUUGUCGCAAGUACGUUGGCAGCCUGUGGCGCUGGUGCUGCUACUCAAAUAAUGUACUUGGAUCUGUGAAUGAUUCUAUGAGGAGGAAAUUAUUGGAAGGUCGAAAAAGUAACAUGAUCAUUCGGAACGUUGGGUUUUGACAAAAGCAUUUCUAUCAAGUGAAAAAUGUCGAUUUUGUGAAAAACAUAGAAAAAUCUUCUUUUUUCCUACGAUCGAUCGAGGCGAGCCUUCUCUGCUGGCCUGAACACUCGAUGAUAAAUCGCUGCGCAGUCCCUCAUCAAUAUUAAACCGAGAAUCAUUCGGCGACAAGUUUCGCGACACGCGUGCAAGCACAAAAUAAUCGUUAUAGCGAUUCAAUAUGUUCAUACAUACGUCGUGUAUGGUAACGUUGUAUUUUAAAAGUUUUACUGUUCUAUAAACGUUGAUAACGUGUCAAUGUGGCUUUACGAUGAAAUACCAUAGUGCAAGCAUAGUUUAUGGUUCUCUCAAAUCGCGUGCGUGUGAAUACUCAUGAAUAAAACCGAAAAAUAAAAGUCCCUGAUAUAUAUCUCACCUGAAAA